AUGGUGGAUAUUAUAGUACGCUGCACCAACAAAAAAGCAGAAGCUACAUAUGCGGAAUUAAACGCAAAACAUCCAGAGGCGGAACCAAAAACAUGGAAGAAGGUUACUUUGAGCGAAAUGUAUGCGUUCAUUGGAGUGCUUAUUAUGACUGGCGCUAACCGCAACAAUGCCGAAUGUGCGCCGGACUUGUGGUCGGUGGAGAAUUGUCCAUUAUAUCGUGCGUCAAUGGGCAUUAACCGCUUUCAGGCUAUACUGCGGUUUAUAAGGUUUGACGAUGGCAACACACGGGCACAACGUUUGGUAACUGACAAAGCUGCACCAAUAUCCGAGCUGUGGACCAUGAUGAACUACAACUUUGAGCAGUCAUAUAAGCCAAGUGAAUAUCUAACGGUAGACGAGCAGCUCUUUCCCUAUCGUGGCCGCACCCAUUUCAAGCAAUACAUCCCAUCGAAACCGGCAAAAUAUGGCAUCAAAUUGUGGUGGGUAUGGUAUGCCAAAAACGCAUAUCCACUGUAUGGACAAAUAUAUACUGGCCAAGCACCUACGGUACGGGAAACUAACCAGGGUGAACGCGUGGUGAAGGAUUUAGUAAGCCGCUUUCAUGGAACCGGCGAAAUAUAA